AUGAUGUUAUUGUUAUAUUUAAUAUCAAUAUUUAAUAUUCUUCGAUAUUCAUAUAGUGAACAAUGUCCAUCAUCAACAUUUUGUUCAUGUUCAUCAGAUUUAACUAUAAUUACGUGUACACAUCGACAAUUAAGUGAUGAAUCGUUUAUUAAUUUAAAUAGUCAAUUACCGCAGUCAACGAUCGUUUUAAAUCUUUCGUCGAAUUUUUUCAAAUCAAUAAAUUCCUUAACAAAAUUAAGUAAUCUUCAAACACUUGAUUUAUCAUUCAAUAAAAUAGAAUUUCUACCAUCAAAUUUAUUUUCAAAAUUUCCGCAAUUAUCAUCAUUAUACAUAUCGAAUAAUUCUUUAAAAACGAUUCCAAAAAGCAUUAAUGAAGUAUCAAAUAUUAAUCUUGAUAUAUCAAAUAAUCCAUUCAAUUGUUCGUGUCAAUUAAAAUGGUUGAUACAAUGGUUUAAAACAAUUAAUCUCCUAAAUAAGAUGAAUUGUCAAAAAUCUAAACAAUUACUUGAAAGUGAUUUUUGUUUUAAUAAAAGAAAUUAUCUUUUUCUGACACCUGAACAAUCACAAAUCGUAUAUGAAAAUGAUCCAUUUACAUUGAAUUGCUCGUCAAAUACUCAAAUUUAUUGGACAUUGAAUGAGAAAUUCUAUUCGAAAAAUUCAACACUAAUUAUUCCACAUUUACUAUUAAAUCAUUCUGGUUUAUGGAUAUGUCACAGUUUAAACUUGAAUCGUUCAAUAUCGAUACAUGUCUUAAGUAUUCAAACCAACCAUUUCUGCCAAUCAUUACAAAUGGAUACAUCGAAAGGACAUUUUUAUUGGCCACGUGCAUUAACUGGUCAAAUAAUUCAAUUGAAGUGUCCAUUUGGUUCAGCUGCAUGGUUAAGCGAUUCAUAUGACGAUGCCAAAGCAUUCUAUACAUGUUCAUCUAAUAGACAAUGGAUUGAUUUAGAUUUAUCACAAUGUGCUUUUCGAACAAAUAUAUCAAGAGAAUUUGAUCUUUUAUUAUCGAAAAAUUCUACCAAUUUAUUAUCAAAAAUAAUAAUGCUUAUAUCCAAAACAAGUCUUGACGAUUUAAAAUUUGAUGAUAUUAUUUUUUUAAUUGAUUUAAUCGAUGAAGAAAAGGAUAAAUAUUUACUGACGAAGAAAAAUAUUAAUGAAUUUUCCAAAUCGAUUUAUCGUUUAACUGAUUUUAUUUUACAAAUUAAUCAAGAUUUUAGUCGAAUUAAUGAAUAUCAAUUGGCUUUGAAUAGAUUAAGAUUUAUAUUAGAAAUGUCAUUAAAUUUAAUUAAUCAUCCAUGGAUGUAUGAUGGAAAACAAUUAACAGCUAUGACUUUCGUAUCAUCAUUACCACCAAAUGUGUGUUCUAUCCCGAAUAGAGAUUUGUUAACUUUUAUGUGUGGCAUACCUAAUCAACAAUAUAAACGCCAUGAGCCACGAUUAGCAACAAUUCAAUUUCGAUUUGAAUCAAAUGUAAACAUUAAUCAAUCGUCGAUUUUUCGAAUUAUAUUCUAUCGAACAUCAGCAUUAUAUGCACCAGACUUUAAAACAAAUGAAAAUUCUGUUAUUUAUAUGAUGCCAGCAACAUCUACUAAUGUUUCAAGUGUCACAAUAAUAUUUUAUGGCCAAUCGAAUCAAGCAUCAAUUGGAAUAUUGAAUUCAAAUAUGACGUCUUGGCAAAUGGCAUCACAUACUUGUCAAAUUAAUCGUAAAAAUAUUAAUUUGAUUUCAACAGAGUGCACUUUAACAGCAAAUAAUUCUCUGUCAAUAACAUAUUUAAAUCAUCUCAAUGACAAUCAAAGUUUAUUUUUGAAUGCAAACUAUUUAGAUUUAGCUAUUUAUGUUUCAUCAACAAUAGCAUCCGUUUGCUUUGUUAUUUGUAUACUUUUCUAUAUUUGUUGCCAUAAAGUUUAUCUAAUGCCAAGAAGCUUUUUUCAUUGUUUAAUUAAUUACUGGCUUAGCUUAGCAUUCAUAUUACCAUUAUUUGCUUUUGGUGUAAAACAAAGUCAAAAUUUAUUUUUAUGCCAAUUUAUUUCAAUUAGUCUUCAUUAUCUUUGUUUAACAAUAAUACUUUGGUUAACAUUAUUAACAUAUUGCAUUUGGCAAAAACUCUAUUUUAUAUGGACCGGUAAAGGUCAUAAUGAAGAUUCAAAUGAGAAUCCUAAUGGAAAAUCUUCAGUAACAAUUGUUGAUUAUGAUGAUGAUGGAUUACCAAUUAUGAAAUUAAAAGCUAAAUCUGUUAUACAAUUUUACUUCCUAGCGUAUGGAAUAUCAUUUAUUAUUUGUGGAAUUAAUGUUGCUAUAUCACGUGAUCAAUAUACAACAAAUAAAAUUUGUUUUUUAAAUAAUUUCGAAUCACUUUUAACAUUAAUAAUUCCAAUCGGAAUAUUCAUUUUUCUAUUACUUAUAUUUCUGUUAUCUGCUCGUAUUAAUAUAAAACGAUUAAGAAAAGAAGCCAUACGUCUACGUAAUCUACCAGACGAAUCUGAAAUUGAACCAGAAAUAAAUGAUGAAAUCGAUGAAAAUAUAAUAUCAUCAAAGCCAAACGAAGUUUUACCAAUCAUAAUUCCAUCAGAUAAUCAAAAUCGAAAUGAAAUUUUACCACAUGUUGAUUGCCAUCAAUCACAUUUAGACAGUUUAUGUUCAUCCGACAUGGAUCAUCAACAUCAACCAUCCAAUCAAUUAUUAUCAAUAUUAUUUCAAUUGAUUCUUCUGAGUUUCAUAUUUCUCUCAAGUCUAUCAAUCUAUAUACAUCCAUUACAUUCGUUCAAUAUUCGUUUAGAACAUUCAAUAUAUACUCAUUUAUAUGGAAUAUUUGUUUUACUUUUGGCAUUUUACAUAAUUGCAUUUUAUGUUUUAUCACGCAAUGAUUUAACAAUGCAUUGUCAAUACUAUCGUUGUUGUAGAAAACAAAAGAAAAAACUCUUAUUAAACCAAUCUUACAAUGAACCUCCACCACCACCACAAACUCCUCAACAAUCUCCGUCGUCACCAUCACAUCCACUGAUAUCGCCAUCAAAUAAUAAUAAUAAUCGAGACAAAAUUAUAUUAAAUGAAAACCUAACGAUGGGCGAUGAUUCAUUUACCGAAAAAAUUCCUUCACCCUCACCACCACAUUCACAUUAUUCGCCAAGUAUAUAUCAAUCUCAAGUACCACUAACUAACGAGAUAACAUCCAUAAACGAUACUUAUACGUAUGGUUCAAAACGUCAAACUACUGUCGCAUCGAAAUAUUAUGCUCGUCAUCGACAUAUACUUAAAACAAGUAUAUCAACUAGUGAAUCUAGUUUACAACAAAAUGAAUCAUUACCUCAUUCAACAUUAAAUACUAUUCAACAAGAGUUUACAACUACUAUUGAUGAUCAGCAGGCACAAUGUAAUUUGCAGUAUGGUCAAUCAUCGAAGAAAUCAGCCGAAAGUCCAACAAAAUCUCAUAUAAUACAAAAUGGAAAUGCAUACUUUCAUUUACCUCCUAUUGCUUCUCCUCAAUCAUUCAUUCGGCCAUCAACUUUACCAAUAUCACCUCGAGUACAAUCGUCACCAUCACAAGCUAUUAUCCGUCCAUUACCUAUCAUACGACUAUCAUCACCGACGACGAAUAAAAUUCUUUCGAGUCCAACUAUGAAUAAUUCAUCAACAAUAAUCCAAAAUGGUCAUACAGAUCCAACAAUAGAAUUAAAUGGUGGACGAAAUUCGUAUCGUGUUAUGCCAUCACCAACAACUGAAGAACGGCGUGCAACAUAUGUUUAUUUAAAUAAGAAUUCUAAUUUAAUUCAACAAGAAAAUUCAUUGAAUGAAAAACCAUCUAUUUGGAAAAAACCACCAAAUGGUCAUCAUCCACAUGUUGCAUAUAUUGAUGAAGAUGAUGAAUGCAGUGUUUCACUGAAAUCGUCAACAUGUGAUUCAACAACAGCAACAUCAUCAAGUACAACAUCACCUGUUUUAUCGAGAAAAAAUCGUUCGAAAACAAUAUCAUCAUCAUCUUCGUCAACUUAUUCAAAUGAUUUUAUUAAUGGUGCUCUAGACAUAAAUCAAAUAACACUGCAUGAAAGCAGCGUGUAA